AAUCAAACUGAUAACCUGUUACGAUCAUUGUGAUCAUACGAAGCCCACUUAUUUUACUUUAGCACCGUUCACUUUCAGAAUGCAACCCUAAUUGUACACAUCAUCGAAAAUUUGACUUAAUUUUACAGGUCUGUGUAAACAAAUAUAAGUAAAAUGAAACGUGUAAUGUAUGUUUUCUAUGCUCUGCUUUUUGUGGAAGGACUAUCAAUAAUUUACAUUAGAACAUUACGACCACAGAUUUACAGAACUGGAUUAAUUAAUCAAACAAUAAGUAAUAUACUAGCCAAAUCUAUUGCUAUAUAUGAUCGUAAUACUUUUAAAUAUUUGGAAGAUAAUUUCAACUAUCCAGUGACAUUUGAUCAAAAUGGACGCUUGUGCAAUCAGCUCUUUGAAUUUGCUUCAACAAUUGGGAUCGCGCAGAAAAAUAGUUUAUCACCUAGAUUAGCACGAUGGAGUCCUAUUCGUGAAUGUUUUGACAUCAGGAUCACUGACGAAAAUACUGCAGACGGACAGAAGGUUUACUUUGCCAAAGAAGAGGAGACUUUCGGUCCCGCUUACUUGAAGUUUGAGAAAAAGGCUUUUCACAUUGGUAGAACAUUUAAGAAAUUGAAAGGAAAUAUGCAGUCGUGGAAGUAUUUCAGCCACGUUGAUGAGAUAGUUCGAAAAGAGCUUAAUUUUCGACAAAAACAUAUAAUAGCUGCCAACAAGUUUCUCAGCUCCAAGAAGAAAGGAAAUAGUUCUUCGACAUAUGUUAGCCUUCAGGUUAGGCGAACUGAUUUCGUCAAAAAAUAUAGUUCGCUCAUCAAUGGAAUUACAUUGAAAUACAUCAACAGCGCUAUGUCUGCAUUUCUGAGUACAUUCACAGAUGUUAUUUUUGUUGUCGUUAGUGAUGAUAUAGCUUGGUGUAAAAAUAAUAUCAAUUCUACGAAAUAUGACAUUAUUUACUCGGAGGGCCAUUCAGCCUGCCAAGAUCUAAGUAUUCUUGCGCACUGCAAUCAUUCUAUCAUAACAGCCGGAUCUACUUUUGGUUGGUGGGGUGCAUACUUAGCAAAUGGUCAAGCCACUUAUUACGAAAAAUGGUUGAAGCAUGGACACUGGAAUUCAAUACCGUUCGUUGAAAAAGAUGUAUUCCUGCCACGUUGGACGAUCCUUGAAAGAUGAAAACAAUGCAAUAUACAUCAACAUACUUCAACUUGUAAGCGGAAUUAUAGUGAUAAAUCGAAUAACUAUCAAAUAUACGUUUUGUACAAUAUACAUAUCGUCUUUUCUAAAUAAAAAUCCUUGGAAAUGCC